CACUCGGUUUCGAAAUUUAUCUUUAAUUUUAUUUAAAAUUGUAUGAGAAGUGCGUGAUUGAAAAAAAUAUUUGAUUUACUUGAGCUAAAAGUAUUUAUAAAUAAGAACGAACUUACUCUUUCAAGAAAUCCAGAGAACAUAAGCGGUGGAGCAAAUUUUAGUUUUGUUUUUCUGCAUAAUAGGAUUGCAAUGUCUGAUUGCCUAACGUGUGCCAAGUCUAUUGGUUGCGAUGAUCAAUCGUUUGCAGUUGGUGCAAACCAAGAGGUCCAAAAUGCAUUGUGCAAGCAUUUUUGGUUUGGUGAAAACCAAUAUCUCAAAAGUACCAUUUGCUACCCAUGCUGGCACAAGAUCGAAGAUUUUCAUCGAUUCUAUUGUGAAGUGGAAGAGCUUUACUCUAAACAGAUAUUGCCGCACGUGCAACUACUGGAGGUCAAACAAGAAAACAUUCAGUAUGAUGUCGUUCCUGAAGAGCCACAGCCUCUGCUGGACGAAUUUAUCAAAUCUGAAGGUGAUGAAGCGUGUAUGAACAACAGUGAAGACCCUGGCGAUGGUGACGAUGACUAUAAGCAAAAGAACAAUAGUAAACGCCCACGGUUGAAAAAGGACGAACUAGACGCAAUUCAGGAGUACGUGUCACGACAGCUCGUUCUGGAUUGUGAUAGUUGCUCGAAGCGUUUCACAACUUUCGACACGUUGCAAAAGCAUUCCACGACAGAGCACGAAAAGAAAGCGACGGUCGUGUGUUGCAAUCUGAAGUUCACGACCAAAUAUCGAUUCGUGGAUCACAUACGGUUCCACCUGGAUCCGAACCAGUUCAAAUGUUCUCAGUGUUCCAAACAGUUUGAAAAUCGUGACACGCUCCGAAGACAUGUGCGAGAACAUACUUUGAAAAUGGAAAAUCCUAUGGGUGAUGAGCCAAGCGUAUCUGCACCUGUAGGUAGCGGCAAUGAUCGAAGCGACGAUGAGACGGAUGAUGAUGUAGACUACGAGCAAGAAAGUGAUGAUUCAGAAGAGUCAUUAAAUUCGGAAGACGACGAUGAAGAUAAGGAUUUCUCCACAAGUAGUAAUUCGAAAAAGCGCGUCAAGACCCAUAAAACAUCAGUAGCCAAAACAGACGAUGGCCAGUGUCGUCCGCGGAAAGCGGGAGCGGACAAUGAGAAGAUGAUCGCAGAAAACGUAAACCUGGAGUGCGAUUCAUGCAAGAAGAAAUUCACCACGUUCCUAUCUUUGCAAAAACAUUCGAAAGCCGAGCACAAAAAGCUUGCGUACGUGUUUUGCUGUAGUCUGAAGUUUAAGAAAAAACCGCGACUCAUCGAUCACAUUCUCUACCAUUUGGAUCCGUCCAGAUUCCGGUGCAAGAUCUGCCACAAGAGCCUGUGUCACAGUGAAUCUCUGAAGCGACACAUGGACAAGAACCACGCUCCGGAGGAAGCGAAAACGCUCCAAUGCAGCAUGUGCCCGAAGAUGUUUACGCACCAGAAGUUCCUGAACACUCACAUCCGAUACCAUAACCGACGGUGGCAUUGCGAGAUCUGCAACAAGCGAUUCAUCUGCGAAGCUACGUUGAAGGUGCAUCACAAGUCCAUACACACCAAAGAGCUGAAGUACGUCUGUCACGUGUGCGCCCGAACGUUCCACAUCUACUCGACGUACCGAUCGCAUCUGGAAACGCACGACGAAUCGGCGAAGAAGAAACCGCCGAAGCCCCGUGUACAGUGCUCUGUUUGCAACGCCUGGACCCAGAAGCUGGGUCACCAUAUGCUGCUGCAUUCGGGAACGCAAACUUGCGACAUCUGCGGCAAGGAAUGUAAGAACGAAAUAUCCUAUCGGUACCAUAUGAAAAAUCACGAAACGGGCGACCACAUGUGUUCGGUUUGCGGUAAAGGUUUCAAGCGGGAAAUUACAUUGAAGGAACACAUGGCAUCGCACACGGGUGACGUGCUCUACAGUUGUGAUUUUUGCGACCGAACGUUCAACUCGAAUGCCAACAAAGCAUCACAUCGCAAGAAGAUGCACCCGCAGCAGUGGCUUGAGGACAAGAUCAAGAAGAAAGCGGCCAAGCUGGCACAAUCGGAUGGAGCGGUUCAAUCGUGAGAUUAAGUGCAAUGAAGGGUAUUUAAUAAUUAUUUAUAAAUAAUAAUUUUAAUUAUCAAAAUUACUGCGAGUUAACGGCCACUGUAUAAA